CCUGUUACGUGUAACUACGAGUGCUCCUCCCUCUCCCCACAUUGGCAUGUAUAAAGGAGGGCAAGGAGGCAAGGGUAGUCAGCUUGCUCCAGCGACAGUCCACUGAGCAGUGACAACGUCCUCGUCUGGUGUUCAAUUUCUUCGUGAAGAAGCACCAUGUUCGUGUUGCCGAAGGUUGUGGUUGUGGGCGUGGUCUGUGUCUUGGUGGUACUCCAAGCACAGCUUUCUCAGUCCAAGGGCGCUUUAAAAUGUUCUAAGAAUAUGGCACCAGGAGAAGAAAUGACGGUUGAGAUUCCAUGCAAAGGACAAACCCAUGGCUGCAAACACUUCUGUGAAGCUGAAUGCGACGCCUACAUUUUCACCUGUGAGAACGGUCACCUGGAGGCAAACAUGGAGGAUGUCGAACUGGACUGCUCUUUAGAAAAGCUGGUGGUAAAAGAAGGAGGAGAACCCAAAGAAAGUGUCUGCGAUCCGAUAGACGAUAUUGUCUCUGAAGGAGAGAAGCUAAUCAUCCGAUACAAGAAGCUGCGACAAGCCAGUAUGUUUAAGAAUAGGGGUUGCACAGGUACAGAAAGGUGCAAUUGUUUCUACACUGUGAAAUGUGGUUGAGACCACAACUGCUCCUCCUACUACCAGUGGUUCUCAUUAAGGCGACACUGUGGAUUACGGGGACAAUGAUGAUGAAUACUAUAAUGACCAAGAUGUUGAUUAUAAUCUUAUUACCAAACCACACCCUUGCAGGUUAACGCACCAGCACAAAUAAAAGACUACCAGCAUGAAAA